AUGGCCCCUCAGAAAUCUCGUGAUUCAGAUUCUGGGAGCUCAGAUUUUGGGGGUUAUCCUAAUGAUAUUCCGUCUUCGGAUGACGACAUACCCAUUGGUCCUUUUACCCGAGGCCAUUAUCGAACCCCAACAUUCACAGUUCCUAAUGAUCCUAGCGUGUAUACGGAGGCCACUUUGAAAGAAGUGGUUAAUAGAUUUAACUUAGAUGUGUCCAAAUUCAACCUGUCGGUGACACGUACUGCUCCUUUAAAGCAAGAGCUUGAUAGGCUCGUCAGGCUUGCACCACUUGGGGGAAAGAUGUCUCAGGUGUUAACUGAUGAGACCCUCAUAUCCGUCGGGCUUGGGCAUCAUGAGCACGUUGAGGGCAUGGAUUUUGAUGCCUCGUAUGUUUUCAAGACGGCUAGACAAAAGUCUAUGGCACCUGGUGCUUCCUCCCCUUCAGGGAGAAAGAGGACAGCGGUUAGCUCGCCCACUCGGGGCGUGCCUACUCCUCAAAAUCCAUCAACUUCACCCCAGUCAGCUUCGGUAGACCGAGUUGUUGGUUGUGUUGAUAUUGAAUUAAAGAAGAGCUUAGAACAGAAGUCUCUGGAAGAGAGUCGUCGAGGACUCUUGAUGGAGAUAUCUCGGGUGGCAACCUUUGGGGAAACACUUUACGAGCGAGCAAAGGAUGCUGAGAGGAGAGCGGGAAAGGCAGAGGAGGAGGUCCACGAAAAGGAUGUACAAGUGGGGCAAUUAGUGGUGGAGAAGUCGAGGACGUUGGUGGAAAUACAAAAGAAAGAUGCCGAGUUGCGUACUAUUAAAAAGGCCUUGGCGGAGUUGGAGCGAAAGUUGGCCGCACACGACGUCUCUCAGUCUGAUUCUGUAUCUAUUUACAAGAAGACGAAUGAAUAUAAGAAAACCCUGGCCAUGUAUGGGUCAAAAUCAUAUCUCUUGGCACUCGACCAUGUCAAGGCUUGGCUCAGGCAGAGCCAUCCGACCAUUAAUCCUGCUGAACUGGAGGAAUUUCUGUCCACACUUGAUGUUGGGUCUAGGUCCCCUGGGGAUGGUGAAAUGUGA